AUGGCGUCGCAGCGAAAUCGCCCAGGCCGUGGUGGACCACGAGGAGCGACAAAUGAUUUGACGGAGGAGAAAGAUCUCUGGCAGCAGAUCUUGCCUCAUCUAGCGGCGUUGAGCAAGGCGGAAGCGAGAGCUGCGGAGGUUAACAAAGAGAUAUUCGAGAAUGAAGCGCAGAAAAAGGACAAGGCAAGCGCUGGAAUAAAACCUUCCAUAGAAGGCAUCGAGCACCUUUCCACCCUCUACCGCGAACAAAUACGCACGGCGGACGACCAAAAGGCACGUGCUACGGACGAAGAUCUACUCUCAAAGAUAACUAUAUUGAUUGGUAUGGUCAAACACAACGAGGAUAACAUGGAUGCACAACCCCCAGUUCGCGUGGGCAGUUCACGAAAUUCGACGCUGGAUUUUGACGGGCCAUCAGACUCUCCUGUACCUUCACCUGCUGAGAACAAGCAAGUCCGUAAGAUCGGCCCCUCGCGGACGAGCAGUCAACCCCCAAGGAGUUCCACAGAUGUAAGACCUGAUACAGGACCCUCUGAAGCCAGCGAGCGCGCAAGCAAACCAAAGAUUGUGUAUGCCCAGGGCGAGGAGGUUGCAUUCAAGAGAAAGAUUCCGGGCAAAACCGACGAGCAAGAUUGGAUCUUGGGUCAGGUGAAGAGGGUAAUCGGAGAAGGCAAGAGUCGACGAUACGAAGUCCAAGAUCCUUAUCCCGACGAAGGCAGCGUCAGCACUCUGUACAAGUCUUCUGCUUCUCAAAUGGUUCCAAUUCCUGCCGAAGGCACCCCGCUUGAAGAUUACGAAGUGGGGAAGCGCGUUCUUGCGCUCUACCCGGAUACAACCACCUUUUAUCGAGCAGAGGUCAAGGCUAUGCUGGAAGACGGAGCCAGAGUUCAAUUGCUAUUUGAAGACGAGGCUGCUGGGGCCCUGAAAAUCGUCGAGAGGCGUCUGGUGUUGGAUCAUAAGGGUUAG